AUGGACAUGUACAACAAGAUAUCACCACAGGAGGAUGUCACAGAGAGGCCGCAGACCCUCCCACCUCCACCGCCUCCGAGGCAUCAAACUUUGACAACCUUCUGCAUCGGAUUUUUGAUGGUAUUUUCCAUCUUUAGUGUUGGAAGAGAGUUCAGAGACUACUUCUACCAGGAAUCCAGCCUAAGCAGUCAGCCGGCAACGAAACGGGAUUUGGGUUCCUGGGGUCAAGCCAUCGAUGCCAUCGUAACUCCAGACACUGUCGAAGCCAUUGGCAAUGACCCAAGGCUCAGAAGGACACUAAUGUCCAUGGUCGACUAUACGUUUGACCUUACUGAUCAACUCGCUGCCCGUUACGAAUCACCUCAACUUCAAGAAACAAAAGAAGCCCUGCAAGAGUACAAAGAAAAAAUCAGGAGGAGCCUCGAAUUUUUACAGGUUGAUGAACAGAACCCGCGCGAAGUGCAAAAGCGACAGUUGCCGAGCCUCGGAGAAUUCUUUGGAACGGCAGCUCCUGGGAGUGGCGGAGGAGGAGGAGGAGGAGGAGGUGGUGGUGGUGGUGGCGGCGGCGGCGGCCCAGGUGGACUACCCAAUCCUUUUAACCUUCCUCUCCCCGGGGCACCAGCUGCUUCUCCGAGCGGCGCUCCUGGUGGCGGUGGCGGUGCCGGCCCUCUAGGUCUUCCUGGUCUCCCCGGUCUUCCCACCCCAGGCGGCGGUGGUGCCGAUGGAGGUGGUAUGUCGGCCGGCCUGCUCAGUGGUCUUAUCCAACCCUUGAAAGACGGGCUGAGUAAUGUCGGAAACCAACUUGUCGCCAACCUCAACGGACCAGGCAUGUUUCUGGGCAUCGGCAUCGGCGCCGGUACGGCGCAGGGGCUGAACCUGUCCACACAAGCAAAGUCGAUGGAGGUGGCAGCAAAGGUCGCGGCAGACAACAAGAUGGAGGCCACCGGUCUCAACCCGGCCAUCCAGAACCUAGGUGUCGGACUGACUUCCACUCUUUUGGGCGCCCUCGACUUCAAUAGCCUGGGAGGCAACCUGACGAGCCAGCUCCAACCCAUAGCCCUGUCUCUUGCAACAGGUCUCGGAAACGGCACAGUCGCAGGCCUCAAACUGAACGUCAAUGCGACAAACCUCGAGCCCGCCAACGAUUCCAGCAUCCCAAAUGUUAUCGGCACUUUUGGCUUCGGCCUCACAAAGACGGUGACGGCCAACAUUGACAUCAAGCAGCUCUUCAACAGUGCCAACAACGCCAAUACUACCAAGCAAAUCAUGCGAAUCCUCCCCGCCGCGGCGUCAGGCUUCGGCAAGGGUCUGGGCCAGGGAGCGAGUGUGGGCUUGGGCCUACAGCCCGACUCCGCGGUGCCAAUGCAGCAGAUGCCCGACGACCAGAUCGACUUUGGCGGCAUCUCGCAGACUUUCGCCAAGGGCCUGACGAGCAGCUUCCUUCAAAACGGUACCGCGAGCGAGUUGUUCAACAAGGUGGGCGGCACUAUGAACAUGAAUCAGAACGGCGGAGGCAUCCCGGCGACUAUCAAUUUCAACGGCCAAAACAUCCAAGUUGGCAAAGUCGCGCAGGGUUUCGCUCGCGGCUUCCUCCAGGGCGCGGGUGAUGCCAUUCAGGGUAUGGGAGGCGUGCAGUCUCUGUUCGAGGGCAACGCCACGAUGCCUACCGCUUCGAUGCCCGAUGACAAGGUCCAGUUCGACGACUCGCUCGGCGGAGCUGCCAGCGGCUUUGGAGUCGGGAUCGGUAGCCAGGGUGUUCUCGUCAUCUACGGGCUUGCCAAAAAUCCUCGAGGAAAUCCUCUCACCGCCGCGAAUGCGUCGGCGGUUCCGGCCACCAGUACUCCCGCCCAACGCCGAGACGUUGAACUGGUCUCUCGUCAGGAUCCCCCGCCAGUCGUCUCUGUCAACACCACCCAAGGCUUCAACUUGUCCGUCGUAAUCAAUGCACAGACAAUCUCCAUGGCCGCUCAAGCCGGAGUCAAUGCUCUCUCCUGCCAGGGUGUAGGCGGCUUGGGUCUCAUUGGUCUGGGACUGAUCCGUAGCAAGACGAUCGCACUGGACUCUUUCAACAACGGUAACGUCACAAAGACUGCGAAACAGGUCAUUCCGACUGGAAUCAUCAAGAUCAACAGUGAGGGGCACUCUUAUGCCAUCGAUGGACAAGUGAUUCGAGACGCGCUCGGGAACUCGAUUAUUAACGCCGCGAAUGGCAUCGAAGUCAACGGUUUCAAGUUGCCAGGCUGGAUCGUCUUUCUCGUUCUUCAUAUCCUCUUUGCCAUCAUCGCCUACAUCAACAUCCUCCCCUUGGCCAUCGGUCUCGAGCACAUGCGCAACCUUCUUCUCCGCAUCAACGCCCCUCAGAUCCUUCCGAACGUCCAAAAGUGGAACAACAUCAUGUGGCUCUUCGUCAUGGGCCCCUCGGUUGUUGUUGUUCUCAUCUUUGGUAUUCUGGUAACUGCAAAGUCCUCCCACUUUCGCACCGCUCAUGGUAUCAUCAGCCUCUUCACAACUCUCGUUGGGUUCGCAGCCUUCUUGAUGCAUCUCGUCAUCAAAGCCCGCGCCCCUCCUCAACUCCCAAGCACCUCCCAUUCCACUACUCCCCCACCGGCGCCGCUCCUGAGUCUCCCCAACAUCCGCGUCAUGGUUAAUCAGCUCUUUUUAAUUCUCUCGUUCGCCUCCAUUAUCACGGGUUUCGCGGAUCUCAGCUCCGUAGCCCUGUGCUUCACGCAGGUUGUUCCUUUUGAUCUGGCCCUGGUCAUCGGGUUUAGUCUCUCGACAGUCUUUGUCUUGGGGUCAUCCGUCUCAGGACUUGACAUUGCGCUCACAGUCCGCGACUUCCUCAGACACAGAAAGGCUCUGAAGGGCGGUGAUAAGGUCAAUGCCGUUGAGAGAGGUGCAGAGAGAGGUGGGGUCUUACAGGGCAAGAUUUCGCAGCCAAAGGUUAUGGACGAGAAAGGUGCAUUCUCAUAA